CUCUACGUAAUAAACAAUUAAAUUAACAAUUCAAUAUAAAAGCAAAAACUUGGCAUUGAAGCAUGAUAAAAAAUCGCUUGGGAAUUAUAUGAGAUCUAUCCACCGCUGGAUUCCAUCAAUAUCCGUUGAGGGCGUGGCUUAGCAUCACAUGUAAUGUACAGCUAUCAAUCAGGACCUUUCAUCAAACAUCACACUUCAUCCACAUCAUCUGCAUCUACGUCAGCAUCAUCAGCAUCAUCAUCAUCAUCGCCAUUAUCAUCGAACGAGGCAUCUCCUUCAGACGCAUCAACAAGAUGUACACAACACAAGCUGGACUAGGAGCCGGACCCAAAGGAGCCAACGGAGUCAGGCCGACGGAGGCAACGGAUCACAUCAUAACCAUUAGCACUGCCAGCCUAACCGAGUCGGGCAGCGAGGAGCCAGUGAAGGGAGCAGUGCCUUCCUCUCCUGUCACCAAACCCCUGGGAAGCGGAUUUCCCUCAGCGCCACCGACAUCGUCCAGUGAGCAGAAGCAGAAGCAGAGCAAAGCCCUCGGUCUGUGCAGGCUAUCGCAGCUGGUUAGCUAUCAGAAUAACAUCGCCGAUGUGCAGCACCGGCGGGGAAGACGCCUUCACGGACUGCAGCUGCCCCUGCAUCCCCUCCAGCUCUUCGGCUGGCUGGUGCUCCUCCUGUUCGGCGUUGCCAGCUACUGGGUGCUCAUACCGGCCUUUCAUACGCCCCUGCAGGGACCCCUUUAUGGUCUGAUUACCGGCCUUUACCUGGUCCACACCGCCUCCCAUCUCACAGCCCUGCUGACGGAUCCAGCGGACAAGGAGCUCCGGCGGGUGCAUCGCAACGAUCGCAUCGUGCCCGAAUUCGAUCGGACGAAGCACGGUCACGUGAUCGAGAACGGGCGGUGUCAUUUGUGCAACAUCCGGACCUCGUCGAGCCGCACGAAGCACUGUUCGGUGUGCAACAAGUGCGUGGGCAAGUUCGAUCACCACUGCAAGUGGCUGAAUCACUGCAUCGGCUCCCGGAACUAUGUGGCCUUCCUGAUGUGCGUGGUCAGUGCGGUGGUGGCCACUCUCGUCAUCGUGGCCGCCGUGGUGGCUCAGAUUGUCUUCUACUACAUCCAGCCGGAGUGGCUGAGCUUCUACUGGUGCCGCCUGGGCUCCGAGGUGGACACGAGCCAGCAUCAUAUUCCCUUGGAUGGCGGCGACUAUAUAAACCUCACACUAAGCCUGGGCAUGGAGCAACAGCCGACAACCGAAGAGGAGGAGCAGCGACGACGGGCAAUGGACGAUGACGAUGAGCAGCUGCUGCUGCUGCAGGCGAACACCACCAUCUCCUCCACGUUGCCCACACUCCUGGAGAACUUUACGGCGCUGAUUGAAGCUAGUACAACGCAGCCGGGGAUUUCGCUCACCAAUCACACGGUGACACCUGUAGUCGGCGGAAUCGGAGUUAACGAGACUAUUUUCCUGUUUCUACUGGGUGUCCUUGGUCUGCUUGCCGCUGUCAGUGCCGGCCUGCUGCUCCACUUGUGCUUCUUUCACAUAUACAUCUCGUUCUUGGGACUGACCACCUACGAGUAUAUCAGGAACCACCGUCAGGCGCAGGAGGCUAAGGCCAAACAGCUCCAGGAGGCAGCUCCUCCUACGGGAGUGGCCAAGAAUGGCAACGUUCACUUCUCGGCCUCCCUGCCCGAGCCACACAUUCCGUCCAAGUCGAUGCCGGGGGGCCAGCAGCUCUAUUGCUGCUCCACUGCCCCGCAUCCCAGCCAGCAGCAGAACCAUGAGGCGGCAGCGGUGGGUCAAACGACAGAGCAAUCCAUGAGGUUGCAUUGCUGUGCCGGCUCCAGGGAGUUCCACCAGAGCCGGCAGGCCAUCUACGUUUGCUCGGUGCUGGAGGAGCGGCAGGUUCCCCAGCAGAUUCAGUUGGAACAGGAUACCCUGAGCAGCUUCCACUGCUGCUCCAGCUUCGCGGCCAGCUCUCUGCAGCGACGCGUGAGCCUGGCCAAGGGCGCUCUGCUCUCUGCGGAGCCGCGUCCGCAGCGACCGGCGACAUAUCUCCAGUACACUGAGCAGUGCACCCUGUGCACCUUCCGUCUGAGAAGGGGCACGGCAUCCGGAUCCUCGGGGGCGGUGAGCAGUGCCGGCGGAAGUAGUAGCACUCGCACUCUGACCAGUCAGACGGGGGGAUCCUCGUCAUCAGCGACAGCGGCUGGGAAUAUCUCGAAGCACCAGCGCUGGCGGAGGAAAUGGAACUGCUGCGCCUCAGUGCCCGACAGUCCAGAUGUGCCCAAUGAUCUCCUCGCCGCCUUGACAUUCCGGGAGCGAGAAGAAGCGGCCGCUGCGGCCAAACUGAAUGCCCAGGAGCUGCCCCCCAUACAGUUCAUACGCACCCUGAACGGCGGAGUGGAUCAGGAACUGCCGCUGAAGCCUGCAACUAUCCCUUCGACGCCACCCAGGAGCUCCAGACUACGGCACAUGUUGCGCCUGCUAGGACGCUAUCGGAGACCUCGCUGUCGUCAUGGUGGACACCACGGCAUUGCGGCUGGUAAGGAGCACCAUCAGCAUCAUGCUGGCUCCGGCAUCAAGCAAAAUCAAAUACGUCCGCUGCAACUGCAGGCGGCGGGGCGUGGCUAUGCCACCUCGACAACGACGCCCACACCACCGGCCAGCUCGCCGAGCCGGAGUUCCCUGGAGAGCAGCGAGGUGAGCACCAGUCCAUCGAGUGGCGGACAGAAGGAAGUGAUGCUGCUGCCCACAUCCGUGAUAAGGGACGACAGUGUGACCACCUACACGCUGACCUUGCCGCCCGCCCUACCGCCACCGACGAGGAGGAAAAUGAACCAGACCAGUCAGGAGCUGGCGGAACUGGCCGAGACUCUGGGAUUCGCCAGCAACCUGCAGCAGCAAUCGUGUCAGACAAACAGCCGGACCCUGCCCAGUUUGGGGAACGUCUACCGGAGGCAGAGACGGAAACACUUCCUGAGGACCCGGUCCCCCACUCUGUCGCCCAUUCACGAAUCCGGCCUCUCGAAUCCAACCUCGCCGCAGCCUCUGAGGCAUCAUCAUCAUGCCAAUGCAACCAACUCCAAUCCGGCCAAAGCCACGUCCUCGCCAACGCUGGUUAAUCGCAGCACCUUGGGAUCCGGUAACGCGGCCCCCUCGGCCCUUCUCGUCCAGAAUCUGUGCAGUUUGGCGGGAGAUACCCUAAGAAAGACCGCCUCCAACAGCUCCCUGCAGAGCAUCAGCUCCAAUUCGAGCAGCACCUAGUAGAAAGGAAGAGGUUUCUGUUUAGUCCGUAGGCUAGUCUUAGUAUGUAUGUAGCUACCCCGUCCCGUACUCGAUUAUGUUUGGAGUUUGGAGUUGCGGAAAUCAAUUAAUCUGCAAAUAAGUAUCGAAAGUCAUAACUGAAAUCAAUUAAGCCUGUGGAGGAGCAAGAGCAGGAGCAGGAAAAGUAGGUAGAGCAGGAGCAGGAGCAAGGGAAGGUCUAUUGAGCGUGGGUGAGCUGUCAGGGCCAGGAGAGGAAAUUGCCUUUGAUGCGAUGGGGUUUCAUGGCCAAACUUAAUUACCGCUUUCGGUCGGUGGUCCGAGGGUUUCUUUGUUUGAAUUUUGUGGACUGCAUAUUUGAUUUAUUAAGAGUCUGCUGUGGAGAGGUAAUAAUAAUGGAAGUUUAUGGAAUAUCGUAAUUAAUAAUAAUAUAGCUUAUUAAUUCAAAAGGUAGUAAAAAUUUAAACCUCUUUUUUACACCUAUUUUCAAGGCAUUUAAGUUGGUCAAAAUAAUAAUUUAAAUUUGAAGUAAAAUUUAAUUUCAACAUCUUUGAAAUAAGUCCCUUAUUUACCAAUAGUAAAUCUAUUACAUACUGUAGAACAGCAUUAUUAAAUGGUUCUCAAAGUUCACUUUAAUCUCACAGUCAAUACAUUUAAAGAAUGCAGUAUGCAUUUUUCCAUCCCAUAUAUUUGAGAUUCAAUCUUGUUUUUAAUAAACCCAAAUCGAUUUGAUCCUAUGACACCGCAUUUGUUUAAAUUUACUUUUAUAAAAGUGUAGUUAUAUUAUCUUCUUUCACUGUAGUGUUUCAACUUUUACAAUCGUUGAGAACUCUACAUUGUUGAAAAUUCGGAAUGUAUGAUUCCGAGUAAACGUAAAGGACACUGCAGUGUCAUAACCCCAUAAUCGAAAGAAUCUUUUCUUGGGAUUCUCCUGUUUGCCUUCCCUAUGCAGGACUUCUUUGUUGACGUCGUUAGUCGUUAGACCUUAACUGCAUCAGAUCCCUCAACUUUUUUCGCCCCCACUAAACAUGUCUUUGCUAUCCAUUUGAAUGACUUUGCAGUUGAAUUGAUAAAAUAUGCAACAGCAUGUGCAGAAGUUUGGAGCCAGGCUACGGGAAAUUUUCCCCCCAGAGAGAAAAGGAGACGGAAAGCUCACCCCUUUUCCCAGUGCCACCGCUGGUAUUGAUUUUCAUUUUGGAAAAUGUGUGUAAGCGGAGGCGUCGUGGAAUGAUUACGUAUUGUAUCUGCAGCUGCUCGGGGAUCCGUAUAUCCUUGUAUCUCUGGCAGCAGGCAGAAGGACACACAAUGGCUGCAUGUUGCCAAAUUGUUACGCAAAUGUUUUCAUUCGAUUAAAAUUCAAAUGCAUAGCAUCCAAAGCCCCCGAUGGCAGUCGUCAUGGCUUUGUUUUAAACUUGAUUUUGACAACUGACUCGCCCUCUCUCUCUUCCCCCAUUAAAUAUGCCGAAACUGAAUAAUUAAUGCAGCGGCACAAGUCGGGGAAAACAAGACCUGUAAAUGGAAAUGCGUCAACUGCGGAAUUGAGUGGUCCCGACCCGUCCCGUCCCUGCCCUUUCAGGGCUCAUCCUGCUCAGCUGUCAGUUGGACAGCUAUCGAGGAUUGGCCGGCUAAAGAGUGCACGGUAGGUUGUAGGUACCGAGUAUCUCUUGCCAGACACGACAGCCCAGCCAUAACGACUACGCACAUGACACUCCAAUGCCGUCUUUUUAUCAUUCUCCUCCUUCCCGGCGGAGGCAUGUUAUUGAAACUGACAGCGGGGUAGAGUCCAUUUUUAACCAGAAGAGCAGGAGGAGCACUCGCAGGAUGUGGAAGUGGUGUCAGUUAGAUGGAUGGGGAAUCGAGUCGACAACGACGACGAGUGUGAUUAGUUUUUCCUUUAGUGGAGGGAAGCUAGUAAGUGAGUGAGCACUCCCGAAUCAAUUUCGGUUAGUCGCAAUCACUGGAGGAAUACCUUUGUGGCACUUCUUUGUUGUUCCAGGAGAGUAGGGGUGAAAUAUGUAUUCAUUUUACAAAAAUAAAUCCCCUUAAAGUAAUCUGGCUUUGGUUAAAUACCAUAAAAGUUAAGUCAAUCCGAAAAAGUUGUCUCCAUUAGCCUUAACCCCUGAAGUAUAUCCUUCUCUGUCUACUAAAAGAUGUAGUUAUUGAAUUAUUACUCACAACUAUAGUUUAUAAUGAAAUUAUCUUCAAGAAUAUUUGUCACCAAAGCUUUCCAUUAAGUUAGCUGAAUUUCCAAGCAAUACAUUUAAAUAAUUCGGUCAGUCAUCGGAUUGAGGCCAAAAUAAAUGGAGAGUUAAUUAUAGAGCCAAAGCCCCCAUUCUAUGACGCGGCAAGUCAAGUGGGUUAGACCUCAAAUAUGGCUGCUUUCAGGCCAUAUAAUAUAUGCAGGAAAUAUGGAAUAUAUACAGAGAAAACGGAAUCGGAGACGGUGUCAUUGAGCCCCGACUUCAGGCAGAGUGGCAUGCGGUGCAUUUGCAGUGCCUUCGCUCCGAGUUCGAGUUCGUUUUGCACUGACAGCAGACAGGAGACAGGCUACAGAAAUAACAUAAUGCCACAAACUAUAAAUGGAUAUUCAAUGCAGACUUUGCAGAACAACAAUUCUGCUUGAUUUUUUCUUUCAUUUCCUCUGGAUAUCUCUGAGGGAAAAUGUUUAAUUUGAUGGCAUUUGGCGUUAACAUUUGGAGCUGCACCUGCUGUCACUACAAGACACACGAAUACCGUUUGCCAUGCCCCAAACUUCAUUACGUUGCCGACAUGUGUGCCACAUUCUAUGUGCACUAAACAAUAUAUUUAAUUUAAAAUAACUCCUCAUAAAUAUUUUUGAAAUUUUACUUAUGUCGUUAGCUAUUAAAAGUAGGCAACAUCUUUGCUCUUCUCGCUUUAUUCCCUAACGCAAUAUAUUAAUUUUUGCAUUUAUCUCGGCUCCUGGGUCCUUGUAUCCAUCAGGAUGUCUGUCCUGGUCAGCAAGUCUCACUCUUCAGAGGCGUCUGUCCGUGCGAGUGCACCUGUAAACACCUGGAAAGAGGUGGAAUCCUUUCUGCAUUUCUGUGGGAUUUUCUGCAGAGACAUUUGAAUGGAUAUAAAAAGUUCUACAAGUUCUGUAUAUAAAUAUAUAUAUAUAUAUAUAUAAUCGACUUUAAUUGCAUGUUCGUGUCAUGUAUCUGCCUGACUCUCUCUCCGUGUGUGCUUACCGGGAAAAUGGAGGCGUAGGGAGAAACUGCCAGGCAACGCCCUCGUCAACUUUUCAGUUUGAUUCCAGGACGAACCGGUGUGUGUGGAGUUUGUUUACGGGACACAAGCAGAAAUAUUCCGAUCUGAAUCAGAAUCGAGGAGGGGCUCUGGGCUUCGCCCACUUGACUGACUUUCUCUAUGGCAACAAAUGCAACAUUCUUGUUUCCUUUCUCUGCAUUUUAUUUUUAAGUUUCUGUUGUUGUCAUGACCACUUGUUGUUAUUGUCCUGGAUAUUGUUGCCUUGCAUCAAUUUAAAACAUUUGCUUGUUGCCUUUGGAUUAUUAUAUGUCUAUGUAUAUUGAUAUAUAUCUUUGACAUGCAAGCACUUAUUUUAUUUGUUGGCUUUUUAUUUGAUGAACACACUGGGAAUAAAUUUGAUGUUUUGUGUCAUUUGCAUUAAAUUUCCAUUAAAAUAGUUAGAAAUAUUUCAAGUGUAAGACCACGCCCCUCUUCACAGCAUUUUUCGGCAAAUUCCUCAGUUCUAUAUAGUAGGAGAACUAUCCCAUGCAAAGCAAACGAAUUAUGAUUGAUUGGGGCAGGAAUUGGGUGCGAUAUCUCAUCAUCAGGUCCUGGACUGCUCUACCUGCUCUUAUGGCUCCCUCGGCUGCUCCUCCUCCUCCUGCUCCACUCCAGCACCGGACUGUUGUUAUUAGCAAUGGUAGUUAGGUUAACUCCAAGGCCCACUCCACCUGUCAUCCCCUGGCUCCACGCCUUUGUUUUCCAAACCCAGCAAUGACAUUUUCAGUUGCCUGGCUUUGCUUUUCCUUUUCCUUUUCCUUGGUUCAACGAACUCCUCCUCUGGCUGUCCUUUGUCGGAUUUCCACCGAGGCGGAAUAUUCAGACACAUACACAUGGUGGAGGUGCCUGCUGCUCGGCCCUAUUUUAAUAUGCUUUUCAAUUUAGUUAAUGACUUUCCCCCAACAUAUAGCAUAUAUGAAUGUAGACCAUAGUCCCUCCUGUAACUUAAGCUGAAAGAAAAUUAACAGUGAAAAUAAUAUAAAACAAAUAAUGCGUAUGAGACUGGAACCAGAAGAAGGAAGUUGCAAGGGAAAUAAUGUAAAAGAUUGAAUUUGAAAGCCAGAGAGAUAAUAAUAAUUAUAAUAAUUGUGCACAGAUUAUAAAGCAAAUAUAUAUACAUACCUAUAUAUAUAUUUUGAUAAAACAUGCAGCUGUUAGGACAGUCCAUUGAAAACGAAACGAAAAGGAAAGCAAAGAGAUAAUUAUUUAUGGAGGAAAACAAGAACUAUGUAUUAAACGCAAAUAAGUAUGCUAUAGAAACGAGUUGAAACAUUAAUGGUUAACAAAAAUUGAACUAGAGGAUUUCCGGGCCAUGCUUUGUAUAAUAUUAACAAUAAUAACAAUAAUAAAAUAAAAAAUGGUAUAAAUCCCAACCAUAAAAUAAUAAAGUUACUUGUAUUUCCGUUUGGUAUUUUUGCUAAUAUUUUGUGUACGCCGCCGCCCCUUUAGAACCUAAGUGAAUUGUAAAUGGCUCUUGAAAAAAACAAAAAACAGAAAACUGAAAAUG